AUGGUAGAAGAGCCUGGUGGCGAUCUGUGGAUGAAUGAGGAUAUUAAGAACAGGAUUCGAGCUAGGCUGUGGAGGUCAUGGAGUCUGUUUGAACAGACAUUGAAAGACAUCCAGAUAGCUAUCAAUGAUAUGAAUGAGAGAUUAGGAAGCGGGGGCGACGUACGAUGGUCGGACACAUCUGUGGUAGCCAAAGAACUCAAGCGUGCCGGGUUUACCUUGCGUCGGUCAACAUAUGACAGCCUCUUAGCCACUGUAAAAGAUGGCAUCUCAAAUCUCGAAUCUUUAGCAACAAUGAACAUCGAGCUUGAGCCAAAAAGACGGGUUAGAUCACAUAUCCGGCUUCUAAACAUCAUACACAACCUGUCUUCUAGCGUUUAUCGCGCUAUCAGCUCCAGCUUAACAUGUGCGUGCAAGCAUAGCAUAUCAAUGCGUGUCUCAGACUGCAUGGACGACCUCACUCCCAGUCAUGAUGAAGAAUAUGUCAUCCAAAAACUGCAAGUUCAUCUUGCUGUGUCAUUGACUCAAUCACAAAUUGAAGAAUCUCUAUCCAUUGUGACAAACAAACAAUGGGAGGAGCUUCUCAUACGAGCAAGUCUACCGCUGCAAAGUUCAGCUCAGAUACCCAAUAUGCUGUCAAACACUGCCAAACAAAUAAUAUGUUCUACCAAGCAAAGGAAAUCCGUCAAGUUUUCUCUCUCUCGAUUCUCCUCAUCUUCCACAACCACCAUGGUUCAGACGGAAACUUCCCUGGUAACAAACUUUGAGACCAGCAUAUCUCUUGAAACAACAGUGGCUGACUUAAUUGUACCUAUUACUCAGUCAAGUAUCAACAUAUGUGGUGAAUUGAAGAAAUCACCAGUUUCUGAGAGAUCGGGUUGCUUGGGCGUAAUCUCCGAUCGAUCUCAAACAAACACAAGAAGCUAUACGGUCUACCCAUCGAAUUUAUCCUCACUAGGCGAGAAUAACUGGAGAAUGGUCUCGUUGAAGGAUAGUCUGGAAACUCGGAGUGGACAAACUCCUCCAACGUACAAACAACGGCUCCAGCUUGCAGUAUUCGUCGCAAGAAGCGUACUGCAAUUUUACAAGACUCCAUGGCUGCACGAAAUGCCGAGCAGCCGAGAUAUCUACUUUAUUCAGAGUGGAAGCUUUUCUUACUAUGAUCGGCCAUUUCUCAUGGCUAAAAAUGACAAGGUGGAAGGUAAAUCAAAGGCUGUCUACAUCAUCCAAAACCCAACGCUACUGGCGAUUGGGGUACUAUUAAUUGAACUUCACCGCGGCCAAACUAUCGAGUCUCUUCAAGUACCAGAAGAAAGGCUUGGGGAUGACCUUUAUCCUCUCUCAAUUUAUAUGACUGCACAAAGGCUCUUGGGUGAUGUCUUUCAGACUAGCUCCAAUUAUGGCAGCGCAGUGCGUCGCUGCAUCGAUGGCGAGUUUCAGGGGAAGGAUAUCAAUUUAGAAGACGAAGACGUCCGCCAUGAUGUCUACUGUGGAGUUGUUGCUCUGCUAGAAGAGGACUUG